AUGAAAAUGACCCCACAAGCAAAAGCCGGUGCCCGAACCCCGUUUUUUGAUCUCACUCAGUACAACGACUGGCCACAAUUUGAGGAUUAUGUAAAAGGAGUUGCUCAUGAUAAUCCAUCAUUUGUACAAUUGAAAACGAUCGGAAGAUCCAGGGAAGGGCGUCCAUUGUUGGGAGUUCGAAUCGGAAAACCUGCUCCAGCUGGAAGAAGGAAAAUCGCAGUCUGGUUGGAUGGAGGAAAUCAUGCCAGAGAGUGGCCAGCAUUCCAUGUUGCCGUGUACUUUAUUGAGAAGCUGGUCAAUGGAUACCUCGGCGACGAUAAAAUCACAAAAUAUGUGAACACUUUGGAUAUCUAUGUGUUUCCAGUUCUCAAUCCUGAUGGCUUCGUCUACUCUAGAACUUCUACAAGGGCUACGAUCCGUCAAUGGCGUAAGAACAGAGCGCCAGAAAACUGCACAGGUACUGGACCAUUUUCUUCCGAUCUCUGCUGUGAAGGUGUCGAUUUGAAUAGGAACUACGAUAUUGGAUUUUCUCAUAACAACUACCCAUUCAACAAUCCAUGCUCAGAUGAGUUCCAAGGACCAAGACCGUUCUCGGAGCCAGAAUCUAGGGCCGUUCGUGACUUUGUAAUGUCUUCUGAAAUCUACGGUCGCCUGUACGCAUUAGUGUCAAUGCAUACACAUGGACAGCUAUGGAUUCUACCGUACAACUAUCACAAGAGAACCUAUCCACAGGAUUUUAAAGAUUUGGAAACACUUGCUAAUCGAGCCGCCGAUCGAGUAUUCGCAUAUCGGGAGACCAAAUACCGAGUAGGAACAGCAGCCGAUAUGUUGGGCACUGCUACCGGAGGAGCAACGGAUUGGAUUAAAAAGAACACACCAACCAAAUAUGUUUACGUUUUGGAAUUGCCGCCAGAUAUGAAAACCUGGUUCGCAUUCCAAGUCAAACCCCAUUGGUUGAUCCCGAUUGGUAAAGAGACUUGGCUGGGAAUUGAAGUGAUUUUCGAUCAAGUGAUUGAGGAAACCAAGAAUUUCCAACCCACUUCUGAACCGAGCUCGAAUGGGACCGCCGACAGCAGAUCUCCGCGAUUUAGACAACUUUGA